AUGUCCGAGUCCUCCCCAAAAUACAACCUACGCAACCCCCUCCCCCUCUCCGCCACCCAAGAAGCAGAAGUCAAGCAACUAUACUACAAGCGCGUCCGGGGACACUGUGCUCCUGAAAUCAAAGCCUUCGCCGAAUGCGCCGUCAACCGCACCGUUACUGCCACCUGGGUAUGUCGAACACAACGACUCGCCAUGAACUCGUGUAUGGUUGCGCAUGCGAAGCCGGAAGAGGAGGACCGGGCACGAGAAGAAUGGUUCGCGACGCAUGAUGAGAGACGACGCGCGAAACAGGAGGAAUUGGUCAAGGUGGAGAAGAGGAGAGAGGAGGUGAUUCGUAUGAUGAGGGAGGAUGACAAGAAGAAGGCGGAGAGGUAG